ACCACGCCGCAACACGCCUGUCCCACACACGGGCAAUCUCAGCUGCGCUACAACAAGACUUACAGAACUACACCGCACCCUUCACAACAUCGGUACCUGGAGAGGGAGGGCUCAACGAGUUGCGAAGUUCCGUGAGCGAAGGAGUUACCAAGGCAAGUUGGAGAUGAAGCAAUUGUUUCACUCGGCGCAGUGCAUGGUGGUCCUAUCGGCCAUCUUGCUCCUGUACGCUGACGUGACGAGUUGUCGGACGGUCCUGCUGGACCUGGGUACCGGCCCACAGCACCACGGCAUCAGGCAGACCGAGGGCGACACCCGCUACAGCGUGGACGAGAUCAGAAGUCUCAUCCGGAGAAAGUUCUACGACACCAGCAGGGACGAGUCGGAGGGGUUCGAACUCGGGAAGCGGACGGGAGAUGCCAGACUAAGUACCGGGCUUGUGGGGACGGUACUAGACCGACUCAACCAGUACUAUUCCACUGCACGUGGGCCUAACCCUAUCAACUCCAACGAACUUCUCAUGAGUGGCCGGCGCUGACAAAACAUGACUACAGAGGUUCCAGGGUGAACAUUGGCUGGAAACCCAACCAACGGAACAAGAGAUUCCUACAGAAAAAAUUGAAAGGUUUUUGAAGAGGAAUUUUGCUGUUAAAAUUUUCUGGGGUUUUAUCCAGCAAGCGCCUACGUAAAAGGAAGCCAAAGCACAUGAUUGUAAAUAGAUUGAUUGUCAUCGUUUUGCACCUACUGUUGUACCCAGUCGAAUUACUUUGCCUUAAGGAGUAACUACUUAUACAGUAGCAGAGGGUACCAAUACGUAACAAUGUCACGCGAAGAAGACAAUGGAAAAAGCCGUUUUUGUGGCAGAAAUGGUAUUGAAACCAUGUAUUAAGGAUGGUAUUUCAGUCAUGAUGGUGGGUUCUAAACUUUUAAACAAAUAAACUCCAAGGGACCAACA